AUGGAGGCACCCCCAGGCGCCCCCUGGCAUCAAGAAUGGUUUACCCCGUCCUGUGGAGCCCCAGGCACCCCCAGGCACCCCGCAGGCACCCCCAGGCACCCCGCAGGCACCCCCAGGCACCCCCAGGCAUCAGGAAUGGUUUACCCCGUCCUGUGGAGCCCCAGGCACCCCGCAGGCACCCCGCAGGCACCCCCAGGCACCCCCAGGCAUCAGGAAUGGUUUACCCCGUCCUGUGGAGCCCUAGGCACCCCCAGGCACCCCCAGGCACCCCCAGGCACCCCAGGCACCCCCAGGCAUCAGGAAUGGUUUACCCCGUCCUGUGGAGCCCCAGGCACCCCAGGCACCCCGCAGGCACCCCCAGGCACCCCGCAGGCACCCCCAGGCACCCCGCAGGCACCCCCAGGCACCCCCAGGCAUCAGGAAUGGUUUACCCCGUCCUGUGGACCCCCAGGCACCCCCAGGCACCCCCAGGCACCCCCAGGCAUCAGGAAUGGUUUACCCCGUCCUGUGGAGCCCCAGGCACCCCGCAGGCACCCCGCAGGCACCCCCAGGCACCCCCAGGCAUCAGGAAUGGUUUACCCCGUCCUGUGGAGCCCUAGGCACCCCCAGGCACCCCGCAGGCACCCCCAGGCACCCCCAGGCUUCAGGAAUGGUUUACCCCGUCCUGUGGAGCCCUAG